AUGGUGGAAUUUUCGCACGACCCUCCACCCUAUAUUCCUCGCCUCUUUUGCGCAUGGCCCGGAGCACUUCUGUUGUCCCCGUCAAAAAGCAGUCCCCCCGCCCCAUUUUUCUCCCUCGUCACCAAGCAAAGCACAAGACCUGUCUCAUCGAUGGAGCGUUCCGCUUGGCCUGAGAACCUCUCGUCAAGCCGCAAGCACGCGAUCCAGGAUCUCCUCCAUGAUCAGAAUCCCACGAAGAAGCUCAGAGAUCUUUUCGACGCUCACUCUCAAACUGGCAAUAACACAGGGCAGCCCCUGUUCGCUGAAGAUCUGUUCUUCAACGUCCUCAGGUCGUUCGGCAACUCCAUAUCUGAAUCGAUGAGCGCUGAGUCCGACGAGGUCUUGCAGCUCCCGACCAACGCCUGUGUCAGGUCCGAGCACUCGGAGGGAAGUGAAAGCAUCAAGCCUCCGAUCCCAAGCCACAAGCGCAUGAUCGAGGAGAUCCUCCGAGCCCAGAAGUCCGUGACGACACUCCUAGAUCUGUUCAACGCUCACUCCCAAGCUGGCAAUAACACACAGCUGCCCUCGUCUGCCGAAGAUCUGCUCGAAGACCUCAAGGAGUCGUUCACCAACAGCCUAUCCUUAUUGGGGGUGGCCGAGUCCGACGAGGUCUCGCAGGUCCGGACCAAAUCCUGUGUCAGGUUCGAGGACUCUGAUGAGGAGAGCACUAGCACCCUGGUCCCGAGGCAAUUGAGAGGGACUUCGAAUACAUGGACAAGAUUGGAUGACCACGAAUUUGUCUACAAGGGGUACUCAUGGAGGAAAUAUGCUCAAGAAGCCAUUCUCAAGUCGGAGUUCCCAAGGUACCAGCACAGUAAUGUGAGCUUGAAACUGAUGAGCUUAAUGGAAGAUGAUAGAUUUGCAACCUUUGAGAGAAGACGAUUUAAGAGGAAGCUUUUAGCCUUGUGGAGGGAGAUCGAGAGUAAACGCGGGGAGUCGAAGAGAGAUGGUGAAGUGAGGCCGUCGAAAGUUCAGACGCAGGCUUAUUGA